AUGUUCGAUGUUGGCGGUCAACGAAGUGAGAGAAAGAAGUGGAUACACUGCUUCGAGAAUGUCACAUCAAUCAUCUUUUGUGUGGCUUUAAGCGAAUAUGAUCAAGUCCUACUCGAGGAGAGCAGUCAGAACCGAAUGAUGGAGAGUUUACUCCUUUUUGACUCGGUGGUCAACUCACGGUGGUUCAUGCGUACUAGCAUCAUACUGUUCCUCAACAAGGUUGACAUUUUCAAACAAAAGCUGAGCAGGUCUCCGCUAGGCAACUACUUUCCCGAUUACUCGGGUGGUAACGAUGUCAAUAAAGCAGCCAAGUAUCUACUCUGGCGAUUCAACCAGGUCAAUCGGGCACAUCUAAACCUGUAUCCCCACUUGACGCAAGCGACAGAUACGUCAAACAUUCGACUCGUUUUCGCAGCAGUCAAAGAGACUAUCUUGAAUAACGCACUUAAGGACUCGGGCAUUCUUUGA